AUGCCCCACCGCCGUCCAGCAGGCUGCACCAGGCGCGCGCUUCUGCUCCUCGCCCACCUGCUGCUCCUUUGGUCCUCCCCGCGCCCCGCGUUCUCGGCGCAGGGCGAGGCCGAGGCGCUCCUGAGGUGGAAGGACAGCCUGCCCCCGCCGCCGCGCUCCGCGGACGCGCUCGCCUCGUGGUCACUCAACGGCUCGGCCGCCGUCGCCGCGGCGCCCGCGCCGUGCGCGUGGCGCGGCGUGUCGUGCGACUCCCUCGGCCGCGUUGUGGGCGUCGACGUGGCCGGUGCCGGCCUCGCCGGCACGCUCGCCGCCCUGGACCUCCAGUCGCUGCCCAGCCUCGGCAGCCUCAACCUCAGCUUCAACGCGCUGACGGGGGGCUUCUUCCCGCCCAACGUGUCCGCGCCGCUUCUCAGCGUCAGGUCUAUCGAUCUGUCCUACAACAACUUGUCAGGUCCAGUCCCGGCCACGUUGCCGGCGUACAUGCCCAACCUCGAGCACCUCAACCUCUCGUCCAACCAGUUCACCGGCGAGAUACCGGCUACACUAGACAAGCUGACUAAGCUGCAGAGCCUUGUCCUUCACUCCAACAACCUUUCCGGCGGCAUACCGCCGGUGCUUGGCAACGUCUCCGGGCUAAGAGACCUUGAGCUGUCAAGCAACCCGUUGGGCGGCACGAUUCCCGCCACUCUCGGCAAGCUCCUGUCGCUGGAGCGCAUCAAUGUCAGCCUGGCUCGGCUGGAGUCAACAAUUCCAACUGAGCUCAGCCUCUGCACCAACCUCACCGUCAUUGGUCUCGCCGGGAACAAGCUCACCUGGGGCCUGCCGCCGUCGCUAGCCAAGCUGACCAGAGUACGGGACUUUAACGUCUCCAAGAACAUGCUCACCGGCGAGAUUCCACCGGACUACUUCACGUCCUGGACCCACCUCAGGGUGUUUCAGGCGGACGGCAACCGCUUCACCGGCAGGAUCCCCGUGGAAGUCGCGACGGCGUCGAGGCUCGAGUACCUCCACUUGGCGACCAACAAUCUCUCCGGUCCGAUACCAGCGGUCAUCGGAAGCAUGACAAGCCUCAAGGUGCUGGACCUCUCCGAGAACGGAUUCUCCGGCGCGAUCCCCCGGACGAUCGGCAACCUCACGAGCCUCGACACGCUGCGACUGUACGACAACAAGCUCACCGGAAGGUUGCCGGACGAGUUCGGGAACAUGACGGCGCUGCAGAGACUGUCCAUAAACACCAACAUGCUGGAGGGCGAGCUGCCGGCCGGGCUCACUCGGCUGCCGAACCUCCUCGCCAUCGUUGCCUUCGACAACCUCUUCGCCGGCACCAUCCCACCGGGCUUCGGCCGGAACCUGUCCAUCCUCAGCAUGUCCAACAACAACUUCGCCGGCGGGCUGCCUCAGGGGCUGUGCAGCACGCCGCGCCUGCGGUACCUCAGCCUUGACGACAACGACAUCUCCGGCACCGUGCCCGCUUGCUACAGCAAUUUUACCAAGCUGGUGCGCUUCCGGCUGGCACGGAACCGGUUGUCCGGCGACGUGUCGGAGAUCUUGGGAUCGCAUCCUGACCUGUACUACAUUGACCUGUCGGGGAAUUCGUUCGGUGGCGACCUGCCGGCGCACUGGUCUCAGUUCAAGAGCCUCUCGUACCUGCACUUGGAGGGCAACAUGAUCACCGGGACAAUUCCGGCCAGUUACGGCGCCAUGACCGUAUUGCAAGAUUUGAGCCUCUCAUCAAAUCGCCUUGCCGGCACGAUACAGCCGGAGCUCGGUGCAUUGCCUUUGCUCAAGCUGGAUUUGAGCCGUAACAUGUUGUCAGGGCAGAUCCCUCUGACGCUCGGGAAUGCCACUGGUAUGCUAUGGCUGGACCUGUCCGGAAAUCACCUCGACGGUGGCGUGCCGGUGGAGCUGACCAACCUUGCCCACAUGUGGCAGCUGAACCUGAGCCACAACAGCCUCACCGGAGAGGUGCCGGCUCUGCUCGGAAAGAUGGCCUCGCUGCAGGAACUUGAUCUUAGCGGCAACCCAGGCCUGUGCGGCGACAUCGCCGGGCUGAGUUCCUGUCGCUCGGAGCCGAGUAGAGGCGGCUCCAGCUCCAAACGGUACCGCGCGAGGCUAGUCCUCGUCGCGACGCUGGUUUCCGCCGCGGCGCUUCUGCUCUCCGUAGCUGCAGUGUUGUGCGUACUGGUGGCCCGAAGGAGGAGGCGAGCCGGACAAGACAGCCCCGACACGACGGCGAGCGGCGCCGGCGGCGCGAUGGCUCUGACAGCUUCCAUAUGGGGCAAUGACGCGGCGUUCUCGUUCGGCGACAUCCUGGCGGCGACGGAACACUUCAACGAGGCCUACUGCAUCGGCAAGGGCAGCUUCGGGAGCGUGUACCGGGCCGACCUGCCGGGCCCCGGCGGGCAGAGCCUUGCCGUGAAGCGGCUGGACGCUUCGGAGACCGGCGACGCGUGCCGCCGGGGCGUCAGCGAGAAGAGCUUCGAGAACGAGGUCCGGGCGCUGACGCGCGUCCGGCACCGCAACAUCGUGAGGCUCCACGGCUUCAGCGCCAUGGGCGGGCACAUGUACCUGGCGUACGAGCUGGUGGAGCGCGGCAGCCUCGGGAAGGUGCUGUACGGGCCCGGCCGUGGCUGCGGGCUGUUCGACUGGCCCGCGCGGGCGCGCGCCAUCGGCGGGCUGGCGUACCUGCACCACGACUGCUCGCCGCCGAUGAUCCACCGCGACGUCACGGUCAACAACGUGCUGCUGGACCCGGACUACGAGCCGCGGGUGUCCGACUUCGGCACGGCGAGGUUCCUCUCCCCCGGCCGCUCCGACUGCACCAGCGUCGCGGGCUCCUACGGCUACAUGGCGCCAGAGCUGGCGUACCUGAGGGUGACGACCAAGUGCGACGUGUACAGCUUCGGCGUGGUGGCGCUGGAGAUCCUGAUGGGCAGGCACCCGGGCAGCCUCAUAAGCGCCCUGCACUCGCGGCUCCCGGUCCCGGACACCCAUGGCAAUGGGUCGCUGCUGCUGAAGGACGCCCUGGAUCAGAGGCUGGACUCUCCCGAAGGGCAGGUGGGCGCGCAGGUGGUGUUCGCGUUUCUGGUGGCCCUGUCGUGCGUGCGGGAGGACCCCGAGGCCCGCCCGACUAUGCGGAGCGUCGCGCAGGAGCUCUCGUCACGGAGGCGUUCGGUGCUGGACAGGCCGUUCACCGCGAUCAGGGUCGCUGAUCUGACCGGCAUUCACGGAUGA